AGAGCUGAAGGGACUGCAGGUAUAUAAGAGCUGCAUGCAACACCUCACAUAUAUCCAUCAUGUUGCGCCUAACUGUAUGGACAUGCUGUUUUAAAUUAUUUCAGGACGAUUUCUUAUCUAUUUUUAUUUUUUUCCAACUUUUAGUGUGGACAUAUUUCGUGGUCCACGUUGAACUGAUCAGCAGUGAUGCCUUAUGAUGAUGGUAAAGCAGCUGCAAUAGCAGAGGAGCAUCAAUGUUGGGAUUCUUAACAACACAAUAAGGAAAAUGGGAGACUUGGAGUUUGGCUUCGAGGAAAUGCAGGGUGUAAAGCUCGGAUAUCUGGUUAUUAAAGGCAAGCAGAUGUUCGCUCUCUCCCAGGUCUUCACCGACCUCUUGAAAAAUAUCCCACGGACUACCGUGCACAAACGGAUGGAUCACCUGAACGUGAAAAAGCAUCACUGCGAUCUGGAGGAGCUGCGAAAGCUCAAAGCAAUAAACUCGGUGGCUUUCCACGCAGCCAAAUGCACUCUGAUCUCCAGAGAGGACGUGGAAGCUCUGUAUUUCUCCUGCAAAACCGAGCGCGUGCUGAAAUCCAACAAAAGGAGAACGAAGACAAAAGCAGACGAGCAUAUGCGAGGGGAAGAGCAUGUCCGCGACAGCAGAACCGGCUUCUGGAAAAAGAAACUUUGGCUGAGUUUUCGCGGAGUGUCGCCGACUCUGGCUCUUCGAAACAAAGCUGUCAGACCGGAGCUCUCGCCCAAUCUACCUCAAAUUUACAGCAAAUCCAUCUACCAGAACUUUCAACCGGUAACCGCGACUGCAUGCAGAGCCUUCAGAAACUAUGAAACUGUGCAAAUACCUGGAAAAUGUGUGGAAUUUCAUGAGAAACGAUCGUUUUGUCGCAGCGGCGAGGUCGUAAAGAGAAAGCCGGCUGUGUCCGCCAUUUCUGCUCCGUCCGACUCGGAGUUGCUUUACAAAAGAAAAAGGAGGUGCGAGAGACACUUAGGGAGCAGAAAACGACAAUACCGUCAGGUUUUGCUCUUUCCUAAAUGCUGCAAGUCUAAAACAUGCCUGACUAGCGGAUCUUUGAGCCAUUUUCACCCGGAUCGUGAGCUGUAUUUGGAGUCCCGGCAUUUUCAGGAGAGCUGCAGCAGCGACACGGAGUGCAGCUCCGCCAACGACUCAGACUUUGGCUCAAGUUUGUCCACCAGCAGUAGCACCAGUAGCUCCACCAACUCUGCAACUACAGACGAUGAGGAGGAAGACUCUUUCUCCGGCUCUUCAGAGGAAAGCAGCGAUGCAGAGAGCUCGUCUCAGUCCGAUUCAAGCUCCGUGUCUAGUCGCGUUUCAGUGCAGAGCAUCAGAUUCAGGCGCGCGCGAUUCACAAGCCUUAAUGCAAAAGCGCCCCUGGUUUUGCAGCCUACUUUCCAUUACAGAUCUAAUUUUCAACCCAAAAAUGGAGGUGUGCAUGGAAGUGCUGCAGCUUUGGACUGUGAGAAAGGGAGGAAAAAAACGACUUUGGACAUUGCCGACUGGAAGCAUAGGCGCAGGGAAUGCGAUGACUGGGAAUAUGGGAAAAAUUUGUGCACGGUUGGGAAUUGUUUCUCAGGCCUGAAAAGAGUCAUGGCUCCCCAAACGGUAGACUUUUCAAACGAGCCAAAGACAACCGAGCUUAUAAGUGGUAGAAAUAAAUAUCUAAAUUUUACAUUCUGUGCAGAAGGAAAGGUGUUUCCCCAACAAAGAGUAUCAGGAUACCAAGCCACAUUACCACACUGCAAUCAGGACAAAGACACUGGCAUUGCUACGGUUCGUGAGAGCAAUUUUUCGGAAGGUGCAAAUUACAAAAAAGAUGCAAAAACAGUCAGCUGCCUCAAGCAACCAUCACCUCUCAAAACAGUGAAGACUGAGACCGAGGAAUUCACUACAAACACAAACUUGGACACUAUAGGAGAUACGAAACUGAACCACGUGAAAAUUAAAGUGGAGGACACUUUUGAUGAGUAUGAAUAUGCAACCCAGGAACAUGCUCACCAAUGCAAGGAUAAAUACGGCGGAAAUGAUGCAGACAGUUUGCGUAUCAGUGCUGAUACUGAAGAAACAGAUCUUGGUAACGAUGGCAGACAAACAUUUUCCCCUGCUUCUAAACAGGAACCAAGCGGCACUUUAAACACUCAAGGGGAUUACAAAAUCGGCGCAAGGGUCAGGAAAAGCUACCGGACUCCGGUUUGUGGGAAAAGAGCAGAAAAUGUAGUUAAGACAAAUACCAAGGUGGACAGGAGUCCUAAACCUGCUGGAAAAUCUGUGAGCAAACGAACUGCCCAACCUUCAUCAUCUUUGAAAACAACUUUUAACUUCAUGGCCAAUUUUCCAUGCCCUCCGUCUCUUAUUAUCGGGAGUGAUGGAGAUUUAAGUCCUGCUUACUCUUUAGCUUCUUUCAGGACUGACCAGGUGCCUCAUCCUUCUCAUCCGGUGUGGACAUGGCAGCUUGGCACUUCUGUUAUACCUCCUCACCUAAACCAGAGAUUCAGGAAAACAACAACAUAAGCCAAUGUUUGAGGUGAAAAGUCUUGAGGCACUGAUAAUUAUUACAAAUGGCUUUUUUUUUGGUUUCGGUGAGCAUGCAGGAGUCCUACUCCUUCAUCACGUGUUACAGGAGCUUAGCAAUUUUUUUACUCUGCUUUACAGAACACUGUGGAUGUUUUUGAUAUUUUCAUUUACAAUGGCAAAGAACAUCUUGUGGAUUUUUACUACGACCUGUUGGAAUUUCUGACUACGUGUGAAUGCCAUUUUGGAAUAGACCUACACCUUUUGCCAGAAAAUCUUGGCUUUGACUAAAACAGAAAUCUUUCGUUUUCUUUGCUAUAGUUGCAGAUCCCAAAUAGUUUUUUUUCCAAACGUUCCUGUUUACAGGACUUCUAAACUCAUUGUACUGUAGGUAUCUACGUUGGACCGGGUUUACGUAUUUAUUCAAUCAAGGGUUGAAGCCCAUUCGGUCCAGACCCCCGUUCUGUCCCACACACGCACACACACACACGCACACACGCACACACACCACAACAACAAUACCAGAAAGGCCCUGGACGAAUGACAAUCAGGAGCUGUUUGGAUUUGCACGAAGUUAAGAAGAGGGAACUCCAAAUCGAUGUGGUUAAGGCAUUGAUAGUCUAUGGUAGGAGAUGAAGCACAGAUUUGACUAUGCAUUGUUACAAUGCUGUAAAUGCUCCACAAUAGCCUGGUGAUAUAUAUGUAAAAUCAGAAUUCUUUAAACCUGAACAUGAAUUGGGUUGUAACGUAAUUUAUUUGUAACAUUUUAAUUAAGCCAAGUAAUUAAUUUAAUUAGGCCCACUAGGCCUACUUAUGGGGUGCUGUUUUUGCUUGGUUUAGCUAAAAUGAAUUUUGACAUUUUUUUGGUGAAAUUCGGUUUCAAAAAACGCAGCUUUAAAUACAGUGCGGUGUUCUUGUGCGCAUAAUAAUGUGAAAAUGAUCAUAGAAAGGAAGUUAAUGCAACUAACCUACAUAAUUAUUUAUAAUUGCUGUUCACGGUGCAAGAAUUCAGAUCAGCCUUGAACCACUAGAGAAGCUAAACAGUCUGAUAUCAAAGAAAUUCUCAAGUGCAAAACUCAAGCGUGAACUUGGUGCUCUUCUGCCUCGUAGAAAAUGCUUGUGAAUGUACUGUGAAGUCAUUUAGCAUACGUGUUUACCUUGAGCAAAGCGGAGUUUGCUCACUAAGCAGGUCUUGAAAGUGUAACAUACAAAGGAUUGCAAGCAGCCAAAAUGCGAAUGGCCAUCUGAUUUGAAUCAUGCAUUCUGAAUUUCUUAAGAAAUAGGCAGUGCCAAUAACUGUAGGUAGCCUAUAACAAAUCGACAACGUGCUGAGAACGCACACACACACACACACACACAUACACAUUGCGCUGUAAUAGGCCAUUGGGUGCUGCAUUUCAGGAGGUUUGUUAGGCUAAUGAAGGCCUCUUCAUGGAAUUGCAAAUGCGAUAAGACGCUUUCUACCUUUCUUUUUUAAGAAACUAUUUUUGAUGACUCUAAUUCAGCCUGUACGGUUGUUUGUUAGGCCUUUGACAAAGAAUGAAACUCCGUGUCAAAGUGCACUGUGAAUUUCAGUUUCACCAAAUUCGAAGCAGAAUGUAAUGCAGACGAAACAAAUCGUAAUGUUUUAGGUUUCAUGAUGCAAAAAGAGAGCGUGACUCCAUGUAGCUUAAACCACAUAAAGGCCUAGACAUGGACGUACUGUCGAUAUCAUCAUUCUUUCUCUGUACUUUUCGUACAAUACUUGAGGUCAGGUUUUGACAAGAACAUUUUUUUAAACUUUGAAGUCACUGGUUGUUUAUAAAACGCAUAUUUAUUUUUGUGAUUUUCCUGUUUUUCAUAUAUCUUUGUUGUGUAGGAAUACAUGCACUCAAAUUGAAAAAAAAAACUUGAAAUGUGGAUUUCGAAGCACUUUCUUUUCUUUUCUGAAUGAUGAAAUAUUCAUUAAAAUGU